GAUCUGCAGCCCCGGGGCCCGGGGCGGAGCGUCCGCCCUCCCUCCGGCCGCGGCCAAUCAGGGCGCGGGGCCGGCUCGCCUGGGGCCGCCCGCGCGCGGGGUGUGUGAGGACGCGCUCGCGGUCGCUGAGUGCCUGAGCAGAGGAGCAGUUGCUGUGGUACCUGCUGCUGCUGCUGCUGCUGCCCCGGCGGACGCGGAGCAUCGGACGCUGGCGAGGUGGCGUGGGGGCAGAAAGGUGAAACCAUGACGUCCGUCAGUGAGAAUAUUCUCUUUGGAAUGGGCAAUCCUCUUCUUGACAUCUCCGCUGUAGUGGACAAAGAUUUUCUUGAUAAGUAUUCUCUGAAGCCAAAUGACCAAAUUCUGGCCGAAGACAAGCACAAGGAACUGUUUGAUGAACUUGUAAAGAAAUUCAAGGUGGAGUAUCAUGCUGGUGGCUCUACCCAGAAUUCAAUUAAAGUGGCUCAGUGGAUGAUUCAGCAGCCGCACAAGGCAGCUACGUUUUUCGGAUGCAUUGGGGUCGAUAAGUUCGGGGAGAUCCUGAAGAGGAAAGCUGCCGAAGCCCAUGUGGAUGCUCAUUACUACGAGCAGAGUGAGCAGCCAACAGGCACUUGUGCUGCAUGCAUCACUGGUGACAACAGGUCCCUUAUAGCUAACCUUGCUGCUGCCAAUUGUUAUAAAAAGGAAAAACAUCUUGAUUUGGAGAAAAACUGGAUGUUGGUAGAAAAAGCAAGAGUUUGUUAUAUAGCAGGCUUUUUUCUUACCGUAUCCCCAGAGUCAGUAUUGAAAGUGGCUCAACAUGCUUCUGAGAACAACAGGAUUUUCACUUUGAAUCUGUCUGCACCAUUUAUUAGCCAGUUCUACAAGGAAUCAUUGAUGAAAGUUAUGCCAUAUGUUGACAUACUUUUUGGAAAUGAGUCGGAAGCUGCCACUUUUGCUAGAGAGCAAGGCUUUGAGACAAAAGACAUUAAAGAGAUAGCCAAAAAGACACAAGCCCUGCCAAAAGUGAACUCCAAGAGACACCGAAUUGUGAUCUUCACCCAAGGGAGAGAGGAUACCAUCAUGGCUACAGAAGGUGAAGUCACUGCUUUUGCUGUCUUGGAUCAAGACCAGAAAGAAAUUAUUGAUACCAACGGAGCUGGAGAUGCAUUUGUUGGAGGAUUUCUGUCUCAACUGGUUUCUGAUAAGCCCCUCACGGAAUGCAUCCGCGCAGGCCACUACGCAGCAAGCGUCAUUAUCAGGCGGACAGGCUGCACCUUUCCCGAGAAGCCGGAUUUCCAGUAAUGGAAGAGAGAGGAAAAAAAGCAAAACCCAAGCCCCCAGCAGGAGUAGGACACUGCCCUGAUUGCUUCCCGAGAAUUCCCACAUUAAUAAAGGAGAAAAUUAUCUGCCGUCGCUUCCCACCAUAAUAAUGUUCAUUCUUAAUUUAGAGGAUACAGGAAGGCUCCCAGAACCUUUAGACUGUCAGUAACCUACAAUAUGGUGUUAAUUUCCAUUAGCUUGUUAGAGCCUUCUAAAUGUCAGUUAGACAGGAAUAUAACAUUUCAAUGCAAAUUUCCAUUUCAUUUUCAAUUGCUUUGUAAAUUUGUGUGUAUUUAGUAAAUUGAUCUUUUUUUUACAUUUCUGCUCUGAAUGCAGGCGCAAUUUAAUAUGAUAGAUUUUUUUAAGGGAAUUAAUCCUCACACAGCAAUCUUUAGCUUUUUAUAUAAAUACAUUUAAUCUAGGUGUGUGUAUGUAGAUCCGCACACAGGUACACAUAUACAGACAAAUGUACCUCAAAUAUGCAUAUAAGUGGUCAAAUAAGGUACAGAAAUACUUCUAUUGCCAAGCUAUUCCAAAUAAUCUCUUCAGUAUAUACUCAAAUAUGUAAAGAAAAAACUGCAUAAUUAAGUAAUCUGCCAAAUUUUAAGUGAUUAUAUUCAAAUCAAAAUCUUGUUCUCUAAUUUGAUAUAAAUAAAACUUUGUCAUAUA